AGUGUGUGCCUAUCGGCCUUACUAUCAGCUGUUGAGUGCUUUGUCAAAUUAUUUUACAAGCCGAAAGCAUAGCGCCUUCCGUAAGGUGCUACAGGCGAAUGCAAAAAUCUUGGGGCUGCGUCGGUUGCAUCGGUUCCAUCAGUCCGUGUCGACGUUUAAUCUCGAAUUCGUGGAUCUGUUCUGAGAGAGUGAUAAAUGAAUAUGAUGAACUCGCUGAUAUCCUUUAAGAUUCGGCCAGCGCUUCUGGUGAUCAUCCCAGUUGUGCUCUACUCGAUGCUGCAUGCAUCCAGCUAUUCCCUCAAGCUCCUCGACCUGAUUGGUCAGAACCGAUUUGUGGGGCACACGGUUCAUCAUCUCUAUUGUGGAGUCCCCGGCGGCCAACGCACCGAAGGCCACCGUCUUCUGCGAGAUCUUCACUAUGCCCUGCAUCAUUGCGCCCAUCUGCAUGGCUCACGUUGGACUGAUGAUAGUGCCCAUCAUUUAAUAGCACUACCUGGUCACGCGCCAUAGCUUGAGUCGCAAGCCCCGUCUAUUCAUCCACAUCUAUCCCCAUCAGUGAAUCUUCCGGCUCAAGAGUCACACACAUAAACAGGAAUCAAUCACAACAAGACACGAAGAAGAACAAGAACAAGCCAAGGGCAAGAAACUAGUUAAACAUUCACUUGAAUAGGUAUUACAAAUAUAAAAACAACACACAGGCAGUUAUUUCUUGUCGAUCUCUGAUUUGUAAUUUUGAUAUAUUAUUAUUAUUAUAUUCUUCAAUUAUUCCAUAGUUGUGUUUUGUGCAUAGAUUUUAAAUGUAACGCUCGUAUUAUUAAUGUUAAAUGCAAACAAUUAGUUUAUUAUUAAAUUAUUGUGGUUGUCUCAUUGAAAUACCAGCUUAGCGAAGGAGUAUUGCCAACAGCUUUAAUAUUUAUAGAUAGAUAUUUAUAUAUAUGUAUGUACACCAAAUUAUA